UUUCGCUCGCUGCUCGUUGCAACCGCACCGGAUCCUAACAGUCUCGGCGGAGACCUGACCCCGCUCCGCAGGCAACGGCUCCGUCCCGCUUUUGCACCUCGCCCCGCGAGACGAAAAGACCCCUGCCUGCCUGCCUUCCCCGAGGGGCGGCUUUACGCCGGCCAGGGCUCGCUUCGAAGAGAGGAAGGAAAGGAGCCGGGCCGGGAGAGAGAGAGAGAAAGAAAAAAACAGCCGGCGCUUCCCUUCUGGUGGAGAGAAGGAGACAAGCGAGCGAGGGGAGAGAAAAGAGCUGGGCGAGGAGGGGCCAAGGGGGGGGGGAGAAAAGGCGGAGCUUCCCGGCCGGGAGGAAGCGCUCGGCACCCCCUGCAGCCCGCUUUUGAACAGAGAAUGAAGCCCGAGCCCAGACGCCGGAGAGGAGGCGGGCGCGGGCUGGAGAGGAGCAGCCGAAGCCGCCGAAGCCGCCGCCAGGAAGAAGCAGUUGUGCUUUGCAGACACCAGAAGCCAGGACCCUAAAUUGAACAGAAGCAGCUGGCGCGAGUUGUUUCUUUGCCCCAUCCUUGUUUUAAAGGAAAUAGAGGGCACAGAUACAUCUUCCCCACAUCCCUACCUGGAGGGCAUCUACAGUCACGGCCCUGCCUUGCCAUUGACCCAUGAAAACUUAACAAGCUGGUACAGAAUCUGAUCGGUGUCUGCAAGGUUUUGAUCCCCAGGACUUUUGUACCAACAUUUUAAAUUUUGAGGAGGGAGCUUGCUGAAUUGCCCAGACUGUGCAGUACCAGACAUGCAUUUUUGCAGUCUGGAGACAAUUCUGUUGUUUGAGUCCCAGUAGAUGAACAGAUUUUCCAGCUCCUUUCCGCUUCCUAGGGCUGAUUGAGAAAGGGACAGCGUGCCCCAACUGUGCGGUGGAAGCUGGAGUGGGAGAAAUCAAAGUAGAUGCUGCUCAACACAAAGUGCCAAGAUUUGGAAAGGCAGUCGUGUCUGUUUGGAAUAAUCAUUUAGUAUCUGAGGACACUUUCAAGCCUCCCACCAAGCUUUUCCUUCACUACUACUACUGUUAUUUUUUUAAAGAAACAUUUGGUUCUGUUCCCAAUCUCCUUCCCUUUUCAGAUUUACUGUACCAAAAUAUUCUUUCCCGGAAAUAUAAAACCAGGUGGCAGUUGACAACUGAAGAUAAAAGAAUAAACAAGAGAAAAACUGAGAAAGAGAGUGAUGCCCUUUUAUCUUCCCUCUUCUACAAAGAUGAGGUGCCUUCUGCUGGAGCUGACAUUUCUUCUGCUACUGGGAUUGACAUUUGCACAGCGUCAAGUAACUGUUCAAGAGGGCCCUCUAUAUCGUACUGAAAACUCCCACAUCACCAUCUGGUGCAAAGUCAGUGGUUAUCAAGGCCCAGCGGAACAGAACUUUCAAUGGUCUAUAUAUCUUCCAUCUGCCCCAGAAAGAGAGGUACAAAUUGUCAGCACCAUGGACCCAUCCUUUCCUUAUGCUAUCUACACUCAGCGGGUCAGAAGUGGAGAAAUCUACGUAGAAAGGGUCGAAGGAGAUUCUGCUCUGCUGCACAUUACAGAGCUCCAAGACAGAGAUGCUGGCGAGUAUGAAUGUCACACACCCACCACAGAUGAAAGAUACUUUGGGAGCUACAGUGCCAAGAUGAAGCUAGUGGUUAUUUCUGAUUCUUUGCGAGUGACUUCAGAAGGCCAAACUUUGAACAAAGUGCAACAUGAUUCUCUGGAGCUGAAAUGUGAAAUAUCCAAGAGCACUGCACAGCACAGUCACAUUUCCAUUGCCUGGUACCGACGGAAAGCGGAUGAGCCUGCGACAGAAGUGAUUUCCCUCAGUCGUGAUUUCGUACUGCGUGCAGGAAUUGACUACACCCAGCGGCAUGCAAGUGGAGAUGUCCGCCUGGAUAAAAUAGGCGAGACUCAGUCCAAGCUUACAAUCUACAAUCUGCAAUCUUCAGAUGAGGGCGAGUUUUACUGUGAGGCAGCUGAGUGGAUUCAGGACCCUGAUGGUACUUGGUAUGCAAUGACCCGCAAGCGCUCAGAGGGCACCAUGGUCUAUGUGGAAGGAACUGUCAGUAUUGUCUCUAGUUUUGAUAUGGAUAUCAAUGUCCGACUAGAGACAGAGAAGCGGACUUACACAGUGGGUGAACCAGUGGAGUUCAGAUGCAUUUUGGAGGUACAGAAUGUUGCAAAGAGAUACUUCUCCAUCUCGUGGGCCUUCAACAGUUCCCUGAUUGCCACCUUUGGGGCUAAUGCUGUGCCAGUCCUUAACAAUGAGUUUGCCCAGCGGGAGGCUCUGGGACAGCUGAAAGUGGCAAAAGAAAGUGACAGUGUCUAUAUCUUAAAAAUCUAUCGACUUCGCUUGGAGGAUAGUGGGAAAUACAACUGCCGAGUGACAGAGCGCUUGAAAACAACAACUGGUGAAUUUAUUGAUGGAGAGAGCAAGAGACCAAAGAACACACCAAUCACAGUCCUGCCCCUGAAGACCAAUAUUUCAGUGGAGGUGUCCAACAAUGCUACCAGUGUUUUAGAAGGGGAGAGCCUUCGAUUUGGUUGCAGUGUCCGCACAGGGUUUAGACCUCAAAACCGACUUUCCGUGACUUGGCAACUUGUGGACAAGCAGAACCGUCGCAGUGACAUUGUGCACCUAGACCGUGAUGGCACCCUUCACCCAGGCCCUGCUUACGCUGAACGCAGUAGCUAUGGUGGGAUACAAAUGGAACAGAUACGGCCUGGGUCAUUCACGUUAGAGAUCUUCAACAGCCUGAAGGCAGAUGAGGGCCAUUAUGAGUGUCGGAUUACAGAGUGGACCCGUAGGUUGGAUGGAGAGUGGCAGAUGAUCGGAGAGCGACAUAAUGGCUCAGCAGUAUCCAUCACUGCAUUGGAUGCUGGUUUCGCUGUUACAGCCAUCUCCCGCACCCCUGGAGUGACCUAUAAUGAGUCAUUUGAUUUACAAUGCAUCAUCAAGCCACAUUACCCAUCAUGGGUUCCCGUGUCUGUGACAUGGCGUUUUCAGCCUGCUGGCAGCACUGAAUUUCAUGAUCUAGUUACUUUUACCCGGGAUGGAGGUGUUCAAUGGGGAGACAAGUACAUUGGGUUCCGUACCCGAACAGCUAUUGAGAAGUCUGAGUCCAGCAACAAUGUGCGCCUGAGCAUCAGCAGGGCAAGUGAUACAGAGGCAGGCAAGUACCAAUGUGUGGCAGAGCUCUGGAGGAAGAACUAUAACAGCAGCUGGACACGGCUGGCAGACAGAACCUCUAAUCUGUUGGAAAUCAGAGUCUUGAGGCCUGUGACAAAAUUGCAGGUCAGCAAGUCAAAGCGGAGCAUCACCCUUGUGGAGAAUGGACCCAUCCCUCUGAACUGCUCUGUGAAGUCUCAGACCAGCCCAGACUCUCACUUUGCUGUCCUGUGGUAUGUCCACAAACCCUCAGACACAGAUGGGAAGCUCAUUCUGAAGACCACCCACAGCUCUGUGUUUGAGUACGGCACCUAUGCCGAGGAAGAGGGGCUGAAAGGAAGGCUGCAGUUUGAAAGGUCAUUGUCUGGGGGACUCUUUAGCCUCACAGUCCAGAGAGCUCAGGUCAGCGACAGCGGCAGCUAUUACUGUCAUGUGGAGGAAUGGCUGCUCAACCCCAACCAUGCCUGGUAUAAGCUGGCUGAGGAAGUUUCUGGUCGGACUGAAGUCACUGUCAAGUUGCCAGAUAACUUCUUGGAAGUGAACCAGAGCCAGAAGAACCUGACAAUUUUAGAGAAUGAAUGGGUGACGCUGGAGUGUCUGGUGACUAACCGGAGCAGCCAGGCUUCCCAGUUGUCAGUGGAAUGGUAUGUGUGGAAAUCUGGCCACCCAGAGAAAGAAGCCGUGGUCAAGCUGACCCAACAGGGUGUCUUGUUGUAUGGAGACCCAGCAGUGUUGAAUGAUCUGAAGAGCAGACUGCGUGUGGAAAGCCCCUCUCCAGGCCAGUAUCUGCUCACCAUCCAGAACAUGACUGUGCAGGACAGUGGAACCUAUGAUUGCCGGGUGGAGGAGUGGCUUCUGGACCCCACAAAUACUUGGUACCGACGGGCAGCAGACUUGUCUGGCUUGACAACAAUUACAGUGAAGAAACCAGAUGCCUCCUUGCAAGUGGAUACAACGGCAGCCAACCUCACCAUAGCAGAGCAGGGACACUUCCAUUUGGAUUGCAACAUCUUGUCAACCUCCAUCCGGGAUUCCCAUCUGUCUGUGACUUGGUUUGCCACGAAAACAAAAGAGAAACAUGGGCAUGCUGGUCGUAAGGAUGUGGAAGAGAGGGAGGUCUUACUGAAAGUGAGCCAGGAUUCCAUCUUUAGCCGAGAAGGUGGCCUCUGGGAAGGCAGGCUGUGUUUUCAAAGGCUCUCAGCCAAGUUAUAUCGGCUGACUGUGUUGCGGGCAGUUGCCACAGAUUCUGCCAAUUACUCUUGCCGGGUGGAAGAGUGGCUGCCUGACCCCCGGGGAGUGUGGUACAAAUUGGCUGAGGAGGAUUCUGGCCCUACUGCAGUUUACGUGCAAGACACAGGUUCCUCUCUACAGUCUGUCAUCUGCUCCAACGACUCCCUUUUCUACUUUGUGUUCUUCUACCCCUUCCCCAUCUUUGGCAUCCUCAUCAUCACCAUCCUGCUGGUACGAUUCAAAAGCAGAAACUCUAGCAAGAACUCUGAAGGCAAGAAUGGGGUCCCCUUGUUGUGGAUCAAAGAGCCCCACCUAAACUACUCACCCACCUGCCUGGAGCCUCCUGUUCUCAGCAUCCAUCCAGGAACUAUAGAUUAA